CAACCAACUCGAGCCUCAACCGCAACACGACAACUAUCACUACGCUCACACGCAUCAUGUCUGAGGAACGCCGCCCCCGAUCGCGCUUUGAUAGCGACGAUGCUGAGCGCCCUGUCCGCUCGCGCUUCGACUCAGAUCGACGCUCUAGGUCGCCGUCGCGAAGGGAAUCCGAGUCGCAUCGCGCCCGUAGCCCUAUUGCCCGUGAAGGCACAGACAGCCCUGCAUCGUCCAACUUCAAAAAUGAGGCGGCAGCAAAGGCGGCGGCAGCGGCUGCGAGGAUCAACGCGCAGAUUCAGGCGAAGAAGGGCAUCCAGCAUGUCGAUGUGCCACCCAUUCGCUCUGCCGCUACUCCUCCAGUUGCCAAGUCGCCUGCCUCAAACUCCGCCGCGGCCAUAAACAACGAGACGUACCAGCAGGAUGGUGACUACAUCAAAGACAUUGAGAUCAAUGAUCUCCGUAAUCGCUAUACACUGACUAAAGGAGCUACACAAAAGAGGGAUCAUGCCUUCUUCAUGCUCUGCUGCGCUGCACCUGGUGCGUGUGCUGCGGGGCUGGAGUUGGUCUCUAUCAAAGACGAGACUGGCGCCGAUGUCACUACUCGCGGAGAAUACUAUCCUGACAAGAACAUGGCAACUGCUACUAACCCGCCGCUGUAUCUCCGCAUCACUAGCACCUCUAAAGAAGGCCUGGACAAGGCUGUAGAGAUGAUCGAAGAAAUGAUGAAGGAAGACCUUCCUAACCUCGUAGAUGAACGUCGCUUCCGCCGUAGAGAACCUGAGAACUUCGAGCGCGACGAGUUUGGCAGACGCAAGUGGCCCGAAGAGAAGAUUUCCGUAGGUCUCGAGCCUAUCAGCGGCUUUAACUUGCGCGCACAGGUUGUCGGUCGCGGUGGCGACAACGUCAAGUUCAUUCAACAGGAGACAGGCUGCAAAGUCCAGAUCAAAGGCCGCGGUUCCGGCUUCAUGGAGCCAAACAGUGGACAAGAGAGCGACGAGCCCAUGUACCUUCACAUCGCUGGACCCCGUCCCGAAGGUGUAGCCCAAGCCAAGCAACUCUGCGACGAGCUCCUCGACAAGGUAAAGUCGGAUUACCACGCUUACAAGGAACGCCCUCCACCGAACCGUUACGGCGACCGAGAUGGCUAUGGCGGUGGACGACCGGGAUACGGCGAUCGUGGCGACCGCGGAGAUCGCGGAGACCGUGAUCGCAGCCAGAGCUACGGAUACGGUGGAGGAAACGGAGGAGGCAGCGGCUAUGGUGGCUACGGCGGUCAGGGCGGUCAGAACGGUUAUGGUGGCCAGGACACAAUCAUGUCUCCUGCUGCUGCGACGCCAACUGCUGAUGCUAACAACCAAGCCUACGAUGCAAAUGCCGCACAAGCAUGGAUUGCCUACUACCAGCAGAAUCCAGAGGCUGAUCCUUAUGCGGCCUACGGUGGGUAUGCGGCGUAUCUCGCACUCCAGCAACAGCAGUAUGCCGCGUACUAUGCUCAGACCGGUUAUGGCCAGACACAGUCGCCUGCUCCCGGUGCUGGCGCGGCUGCACCACCGCCGCCUCCGCCUUCAGAGCCUUCAGGUUAUGCAGCUCCGCCGCCGCCUCCACCAGCUGCAUCGCCUUCCAAUUAUGGCGCCCCCCAUCUCCCCUCCCUCCGCCAACCCACCCUCCAACCGCUCAGAUGCCUAGCCACAUCACACUCCCCGCCAUCCGCGCGCAACGUGGACCUCGCCUCCCGCACCCCACCGUACGCCAAACUACUCUCACGGCUCGAAGAAGUGCGGCGCGUACUGGGUUCCUCUCGCCAAUUGACUUUAGCAGAGAAGAUUCUGUAUUCGCAUCUUGAGAGUCCGGAGGAGUCGUUGCUGAACAACACGAAUGGCGGGAGGGAUAUUCGGGGCCAGGCGAAUCUCAAGUUGAAGCCGGAUCGCGUGGCAAUGCAGGAUGCGAGUGCGCAGAUGGCGCUGCUGCAGUUUAUGAGCUGUGGGUUACCGAGUACGGCUGUGCCUGCUAGUAUUCACUGCGACCAUCUUAUUGUGGGAGAAAAAGGUGCCGAUACCGACCUUCCCAACUCAAUCGCGGGAAAUAGCGAGAUCUUCAACUUCCUCGAGUCGGCGGCGAAGAAAUACGGAAUCGAGUUUUGGCCACCGGGCGCUGGUAUCAUUCAUCAGUCUGUUUUGGAGAACUACAGCGCUCCGGGCUUGAUGAUAUUGGGUACCGAUAGCCACUCGCCGAAUGCUGGAGGUCUGGGAUCGAUUACAAUUGGUGUUGGUGGUGCGGACGCGGUGGAUGCUCUGGUGGAUGCGCCAUGGGAGCUGAAGGCCCCCAAGAUUCUGGGUGUGAAACUUACUGGAGAACUCAGCGGAUGGGCAUCGCCAAAGGAUGUGAUCCUGAAACUGGCUGGCGAGCUGACCGUUCGAGGUGGCACUGGCUACAUCAUUGAGUACUUUGGCCCUGGUGUGCAGUCUCUAAGCUGCACAGGUAUGGCGACUAUCUGUAACAUGGGCGCUGAAGUCGGCGCAACUACCUCGCUCUUCCCCUUCUCUCCAGCGCAUAUACCCUACCUCCAAGCCACACAUCGUGGACCGAUCGCCGAAGCCGCCGCUAAGAUUGCCAAUUCGCCAAUGCAGCAGAACCUACUACGACCUGACCCGGAAGCCGCCUACGACAAAGUUAUCGAGAUCAACCUGUCAGAACUUGAGCCUCACAUCAACGGACCAUUCACCCCUGACCUAUCAACACCUCUAUCCAAGUUCAAGUCCGUAGUUGAAGAGAAGGGAUGGCCACAAACAUUCGGUGCGGGCCUAAUUGGUAGCUGCACAAACAGCUCAUACCAAGACAUGACGCGAUCAGAAGAGAUUGUGAAGCAGGCACUGGCAGCGGGUCUCAAGCCUAAGGCGGACUUCUUCAUUACACCAGGCAGUGAACAGAUCCGAGCAACGUUGGAACGGGACGAAACCCUCCAAACGUUUACUGCUGCCGGUGGCACCGUACUGGCAAACGCUUGCGGUCCCUGCAUUGGACAAUGGAAGCGUACCGACGAUGUAAAGAAGGGAGAAUCUAACGCUAUCCUCACCUCCUACAACCGCAACUUCCCCGGCCGCAACGAUGGUAACCGAGCUACCAUGAACUUCCUCGCUUCUCCCGAACUCAUCACCGCCAUGUCAUACUCCGGCUCUACGACCUUCAACCCAAUGACCGACAGCAUCCCGACACCCGACGGCAAGCCUUUCAAGUUUGCGCCGCCGAAGGGCUCUGAUCUUCCCACCGCUGGUUUCGCAGACGGUAACCCAGACUUCAUGCCUACGCCAGGUGUCCCAGACCCCAGCGUAGACGUCAUUGUCGAGCCCACCUCCAGUCGUCUAGCGCUCCUCGAUCCAUUCCCAGCAUUCCCCAGCUCGGAGUUUACAGGCCUGCGUGUACUCUACAAGGUCAAGGGACAAUGCACAACAGACACCAUCUCAGCUGCCGGUCCAUGGCUCAAGUACAAGGGCCAUCUACCCAACAUCUCCGAAAACACACUCAUCGGUGCAGUCAACGCACAGACCGAUGAAGUCAACGUCGCCUAUGAUGUAGACGGCAAGACCUCAGGUAUCCCAGAGCUAGCAAAGAGGUGGCGAGACCAGGGCAUCGAGUGGCUAGUCGUAGCAGAGCACAACUACGGUGAGGGUUCUGCCCGUGAACACGCCGCCCUGCAACCCCGAUACCUCGGUGGCCGUAUCAUCCUGGCCAAGUCCUUCGCCCGUAUCCACGAGACCAACCUCAAGAAGCAGGGUAUCGUCCCUCUCACCUUUGCCAACGAAGCCGACUACGACGCCUUCGAAGCAUGCGAUCAGGUCGCUACAAGGGGACUAUUGGACGUGCUGAAGAGCGGUGGCAAGGGCGAAGUCGAGCUCAUCCUCAAGAAGAAGGACGGCAGCGAGAAGGUCGUCAAGACCAAGCACACUCUUUCGCAAGAUCAGUGUGGAUUCGUGAUGGCGGGCAGCGCGCUCAACCUUCUAGCUGCGAAAGGCAGGGAGAUGAAGGAGGAGGUUACCCGGAGUGCAGAACUGAGUGAUUGAGUCAGGUUUGUAUAAGCAGACAAAAGUGAGCAUCCACGGCGCUAUUGGCGUCACGGCGCAUACAGUAUCCUAGCAAUAGACUGUUCCCAGUCAAAUGAAUACGCGAUGAAUUACCUACAAUCAAAAUGG